AUGACGGUGACCGCCGGGCAGCUCGCUCACGCAGUCCACGCCAACGUCGUCGCAGGCACCUACCCGGACUCAGACGACGUCUACAGCGCCUCCCUGCCGUCCGAUGCGCUCCCCGAGAUCAUCGCCCAUCUAGAGAAGGCACAGGAGGAGGUCAAUGAAGAGAUCCGCAAGGUCAGCCGCGCAAACGGGCCCGAGCUCGACCCGUGGAUCCGGCAAGCGCGGCGCCUGCAGGCCGACAUCGACGCCUCGAACGCGCAGGCCGACCGCAUCCUCGCGCUCGCCGCGCAGGAGGAGGCGCUCGAGACGGAGCUCGCGGACGCCGAGGCGCAGCAGCGCUUCCUCGAGGCCGAGAUCCGCUUCAACGAUGAGCUGCUGGGGCGGCUGGGGCUGCUGCAGAUGGUCUCGGCGACGCUGGGGCAGGCGGCGGCGCUGAGCGCUGGCGGGGAGCUGGCGCAGGCGAUGGUGGUGCUGGAGGGCGCGGAGAGGGCGCUCGCGGAGAUGACGGGCGAGACGAUCGUGGUGGAGCUGAUGAAGGAGCGGGCGGCGGGGCUGCGGAAGAGUGUUGUGGAGCGGGUGGAGAGGGGGUGGACGGAGAUUGUGUGUGUGCGGAAGGAGGAGGGCGAGUUGCGCAUUCGCCGGGAGAUUACAGAGGGCGACUCCGUGAUAUCCAGCACCGCAGUCGUCGAAGCCCUCCAAGCGCUCUCCCUCCUCAACACCAAGGUCGACCACCUCCACCAGCAGCUCGACACCCUCCUCAUCAGCCCCCUCCUCGACACCCAGCGCGCCCACGCCCCCACCUUCACCGUCACCGGCGACACCCUCACCGCCGCCGCCGCCGCCGCCCCCAGCACCGACCUCAGCGCCGCGCGCAUGUUCGCCUCCCUCCGCCUCAUCAUCAACUUCCUGCACGCGCAGCUCCCCCCCGCCGUCACCUCCCCGCUCUCACGCAUCCUCGUCUCCAGCCUCACCACCCGCCUCACCUCCUCCACGCUCCCGCACUCGGUCCCCAGCUCGCUCGACCGCCUCCCCGCGCUCGAGGCGCUCCUGGCCGACACCUGCCGCUUCGAGGACCACCUGCAGAGCAUCGCCUGGACGCGCGACAGCGAGCUGCGCGAGUGGGCCGGCCGCGCGCCCCGCGUCUGGCUCGCAAAGCGCCGCGAAACAUGCCUCGACACGCUGCGGCAGACGGUCGCGCAGGGCAUCCGCGAGACCAAGGUGGUCGAGCGCUCCGAGACACAGAAGGUGCCCACGAAGCCGGAGCAGCGGAGGAACUCUGCUGGCGCUGCGGUGUGGAACGAGGACUGGAAGGAGGAGGAGGAGACGCAGGCGGUGGCGAAGGAGGUUGCGAAGGGCCUGGACAUGGCGAUUGAGGACGACGACGACGACGACGACGAUGCCAGCGGGUGGGGGCUCGACGAGGACCUCGAUAUCGACGAUCCCCCCCCCGCUGAGCCUGCUGCGAAGCCGGGGCAGGAGCAGGAGCAGGAGCAGGAGCCGGAGAAGGCGCCGGCACCCGCAGAGGCAGAAGCAGCGCCGCAGGAGGAGGAGGAGGAGGAGGAGCUCGACUGGGGCGAGUGGGGCGACGACGACGAGCCCGCUGCGCCCGCGACGCCCAAGACGGCCGACUACACGCCGACGACCAGCGAGUCGGCGCACUCCAGCUCCCCCGAACAGCCGCCGCCGCCGCCGCCGCUGCCCACCACCUCCUCCUCCUCCACCUCCAAAGACGUCACGCUCAAAGAAACCUACACCAUCACCUCCAUCCCCGACGCCAUCCUCACGCUCAUCACCACGCUCACCACCGAAGCCAGCCACCUCACGCGCCUCCCGCGCAACGCCAUCACCCCCGCCGCCCCCGACCUACACACCCUCCCGCCGCUCCUCCUCGCCGCCUACCGCGCCCUCGCCCCACUCCACUACGCGCACCACCCGGCCGCCGGAAUGCUCCUCUACAACGACACGCAGCGCCUCACCUCCCUCCUCCCGCCCACCAUCCCGCCCGAAGACGCCGCGCGCACCGCCGCCUUCGGAAAGCGCACCUACGCGCGCGAGCUGCACAGCCAGCGCCUGGUCCUCACCGACUACCUCGACUCGGCGCAGGGCUUCGUCAACUGCACCUCCUACCCGCAGAGCGCCGCGUGCGCCACGGCCAUCGCCAGCACCGUCGCGCACAUGCAGCAGCUGCGCGCCACCUGGUCGCCCAUCCUGUCGCGGUCGGCGCUCUCGCAGUCGCUCGGCUCGCUGCUCAACGCCGUGUGCGCGCGGCUCAUCAGCGACGUCGAGGACAUCAGCGACAUUGCGGCGGCCGAGAGCGAGCGGCUGGCGGGGCUGUGCGAGGAGCUGGCGGCGGGGGUGGAGGCGCUGUUUCCGGUGUCGGUGGGCGGCGUGGGGAUGGUGGCCGUGUAUUGUGGGGCGUGGAUCAAGUUCCGCGCGCUGCAGCAGGUGCUGGAGAGUAGUAUGGUGGAGAUUUGUUAUCUGUGGAGGGAAGGCUUGGUGGCGGAGUUUGGGGUGGAGGAGAUGUGUGAGCUGGUGGUGGCGCUGUUUCAGGAGGGGGAGAAUCGGAGGAGGUGCUUGGAGGAGAUUCGGGGGCGGAGGUAG